AGUGUCCAGUAGGUGGCGGUGUACAGUUUACUGCCCUAUAGACGAAGAAAACGCUGCUGGGUUUGUUUGUGCUUGAACGCAAGAGAUUUCUGACACAGAUGAUCGUUUAUGCGUUAAAAUACUUCCGCUACAAUUAGACACCAUCGCGACCUCAGCACCGUGUCUGUAUGUGACGGGUUUAAAGCCCACGGCUGCUUGUAAUGAGAUCAGCAGAAUCCAGACCAACCUGUGAGACUCCUGCUGUCACACAUUCACAGCUGUGCAGGGCUCAGACAGAAACUUCUAUGACUUCAACUAGAGGCUCAUCAGACUCUGGGGGUCCCUUCAGCUCUGAGGAGGAACUGAAUAAAGGAUUACAAAAGAAGCCCAUAAAAGAAGAGCCUGAAGACCACCACUCUAUGAAGACACCAAGCAGUGUGGGCCACGUCACCUCUGUGAACCAACAUACUGAAGGGUUUCAAGAGAAGCUUGUAAAAGAAGAACCUAAAGAUGGAGACUGUCUCUGUGGUGAGACAUCGAGCUGUGUGGUUCAGCUGAACCUUGGGGACCAACGGACAGAACGAUUCCAUGAAAAGCCUUUAAAAGACGUAGAAACCGAUGGAGACGACUAUCUCUACUGUGAGUAUUGUAGAUCCUCCUUCAUUAACAAGUGUGAGACGCACGGUUCAGCUCUAUUCCUCCCUGAUACCUCUGUCCCUAGAGGGGUUUCAGACCGAGCCAGACAAACCCUCCCACCUGGACUAGAGCUUCAGAAAUCUGAUAUUCCUGAUGUAGGAUUGGGAGUGUUUAAUAAGGGGGACACUGUUCCACUGGGUGCUCACUUUGGACCUUACCAGGGAGACCUGGUAGACAAAGAAGAAGCCAUGGCCAGUAGCUUCUCUUGGGUGAUUAAGAGCGGGCAUUCUGAGAAGUACAUAGAUGCUAGGAGAGUGACCCAUGCCAACUGGAUGAGGUACGUGAAUUGUGCUCGUAAUAAUGAAGAGAAUAAUCUGGUGGCCUUACAGUAUCGAGGUGAGAUUUUCUACCGCUGCUGUCGACCCAUCAAACCGAGACAGGAACUCUUGGUGUGGUAUGAAGAGAAGUACGCUAAGGAUCUCGGGGUUACUUUCAACUGCAUCUGGAAGAAAAAGUGCUCCGUAAGCGAAACCAGUGGUUACCCACUGAAAAGUUUCUCUGGCUCACGGCGUUCGUUUUACUAUACGUCACAUAUUGACCUCCAGAAACAGGCCAAGAGAUGUCACGAUGAGGAAAACGUGAGCACGAUGAAAUCAGCAGCAAUGAAACACGAAACUCCAAAAACCACAAGAAUCUCUACCAGUAAACAAACACACGCCGGUCCUCAUUUUAAGAUCUCUUGCAGGCUGAAAGAAAUGUACGGCUGUUCACAGUGUGGGAAGCGUUUUGCUGGACGGUUUCAUCUGAAGCAACACCAGCGCAUUCACACCGGAGAAAGGCCGUUUCCCUGCUCACAGUGUGGGAAGCGUUUCGCUCGACAGAGUCAUCUUCAAGCACAUCAAACCAUUCACACAGGAGAGAAACUGUAUUCGUGCUCACAGUGUGGGAAACGCUUUAAUCGGGAGAGCACUCUCCAGCAGCAUAGACGAAUUCACACAGGAGAAAAGCCAUAUCACUGCUCAGAGUGUGGGAAGAGGUUUACUUACCAAAAUGCUCUACAACGACAUCAGCGCAUUCAUACCGGGGAAAAGCCGUACAUCUGCUCAGAGUGUGGGAAGAGGUUUACUUAUCAGAAUGCUCUCCAACAACAUCAACGCGUUCAUACCGGGGAAAAGCCGUACAUCUGCUCAGAGUGUGGGAAGAGCUUUAGCCAACCAAAUUCUUUCCAGAUCCACCAACUCAUCCACACAGGAGAGAAACCGUACCCCUGUUUAGACUGUGGGAAGGUUUUUCAUCAACAGAAUACUCUGCAAAUCCAUCAGCGAAUCCACACAGGAGAGAGACCGUUUCACUGCGGACAGUGUGGGAAGAGUUUCAAUCAGGACAGCGGACUCCAACGGCACCGGCGCACUCAUACAGGAGAGAAACCGUAUCACUGCUCGCACUGCGGGAAGUGUUUCGCUCGUCUGUGUAAUCUCAAACGGCACGAACGUAUUCACACCGGAGAGAAGCCGUAUCAGUGCUCACAGUGCGGGAAGUGCUUCAAUAGAGAGAGUACCCUACAACGGCACCAGCUGACACACUCCGGACAGAAGCCGUUCAUCUGCUCGGAGUGUGGGAAGAGUUUUACACGACAGAGCAAUCUCAAAAUACACCAGCGAGUUCACACAGGAGAGAAGCUGUAGGUUUGCUCACAAUGUGGACACGGUCUCACUCGGUGGAAUAGUUCACCAGAGAGAGAAGCCGUAUACCUGCUCAGUGUGGGAGGAGUUUUAGCCAAAUCCAUCAGCUCAUUCACACAGGACAGAAGGCGGUAUCCCUGCUUACGGUGUGAAAAGACAUUUCCAACGUCAACACAUCCACAUAGGUGUUGCUAGUGUUGGGUCAGUCUUCAGACAGACCUUUGACAAUUCCAGAGGAGAACGUUUCAGACUGAUGAGGCUACAGUGCUGCAGAUGUUAAACAACAUUGUUAUUAACAUGUUCAAAUAUAGCUACUACAGGCCUUAUUUAUCUUUAUUUAUGUAAAAUUACGAACAAUCCAAACUAAAUAAAAACAUGCAUUUGUUUCCGCAAGUGUUCAACCUUACAUGGAUUCAUUAUUUGUGUAACCGGUUAGCACGUGACCAUGUUGAAUAUCAACUUCUAGAACUACUCAAACGUUUUUAUUUAUUUUGGUCUGGUUUACCAUAUAAUUACGUUAAUUCCAUUUAAUUUGCAUUUUAAUAUUUUCCCCUGGCCUAAAUUAGCACUUUAUUGUAAAAAUGAAGUGUCUGUGAUCUUUUCUUAUUAUUCUUUCAUUAA